AUGGUCGAUGCAGCUAGCCAAGCACUUCUCCCGGCGAAUCAGGCCCGGAAUGUAGCCUUUGACAGAGUCCUGCACAAGAACUCAUCGAAUGCUCAGGGCGGGCUUCGUGCCAUGAUCAACAAGGACAACGAGGCACACAAGGCGGCUGUGGUUGAAUACUUUCAGCACUGGGAUGAUAAGAAGGCUGAAGACGAGACUGAAGCCGUUCGACAAGCUCGUGUUGAUGAUUAUGCAAGCUUGACUAGACAAUACUACAAUUUGGCGACGGAUCUCUACGAAUACGGCUGGGGAGAAGCAUUCCACUUCUGCAGAUUUGCCUACGGAGAAACCUUUCGUCAGGCCGUUAACCGACACGAACACUUUCUGGCAAGCAGCGUCGGUAUCAAGCCUGGCAUGCGCGUUUUAGACGUCGGAUGCGGCGUUGGCGGACCGGCCCGCGAAAUAGUCAAGUUUACCGGAUGCCAUGUCACAGGCUUGAACAUCAACUCGUAUCAGAUCAGCCGAGCCAGGCAAUAUGCAGUCAAAGAAGGACUUACACAUAAGCUUGAUUUCGUCCAGGGGGAUUUCAUGAGCUUGCCCUUCCCCGACAACUCGUUCGAUGCCGUCUACGUAAUCGAAGCUACCGUCCACGCACCCUCCCUGGAAGAUGUCUACAGGGAAAUAUUCCGCGUCCUGAAGCCAGGAGGCGUCUUUGGCGUCUACGAAUGGUUCAUGACCGACGCCUACGAUAACAAUGACUUGACCCAUCGUCAAAUCCGCCUCGACAUUGAGGAAGGCGACGGCAUUGCUCAAAUGCUCAAAGUCGAAGACGGUCUCGCUGCCAUUCAAGCCGCCGGCUUCACGCUCGAAACCCACUACGACCUUGCCGAGGAUGACAGCAACGAUACCAGUGUCGCUCCUUGGUAUUGGCCCCUGGGAACUGAUCUUCGAUACGCGCAAACUCUGACGGAUGUGCUUACGGUACUGAGAAUGAACCGUUUCGGAAGAGUGGUGUCUCACGCUUUCAUUUCGACUCUGGAAUUACUGCGCAUUGCUCCGGCCGGCACGAUGAAGACGGCUCAGAGCCUGGCAAAGGCGGCGGACGCGUUGGUUGAGGGAGGGAAGAGGAAGCUAUUCACACCCAUGUAUUUGAUGGUGGGCCGCAAGCCGGAGGUUUGA